UUAUUAAGGGUAGACAACUAAACAUGGGUGGGUUCAUCAAAUAAUUCAUUUCUGCGCGAAGUGUACCUUAAAAACAUUGAGCUUUCGUUUUUUCCGUUUCUUUGAACUAUGAGCAUUCAGUCAAAAUAAGAAAAUUCAAAAGCAUAAAUAUUCAUCGAGAAGUAGACACAACCGUUUUUCACCGGAGUACCCGAAUUGACAGCUAAUUGGUGUUUACUUAAAUUUUUAUUUUCCCUGGAUGGGGACACUUUGAGGUGUUAUUACAAAUCAAAGGCAGCUGGUCCGAUUUCAGUCAAAUCUGGUCAGUUGAUAGAUUAACCCAUCUCCAACAAAAGCGUGUUGGGGAAAUUUCACAAUUCUAAAAAUUAUUUCGUUGGGAGUCAUUUCUGUGGGGCCACUCCGUAACUUUUUACAGCAAUUUUCAAAAUGUUCCGCAACUUUCGAGUGCAAUAGAGCGUUUAUACAUGACAUCACGACAGCCAUAUUGGUUGCGCAAAACAAUGAAACGGCUGCCAUGUUGUUGUCCCACACCAGUCCUGUGGUAGUUGAACACUUUUCUUAUGUAAACACUUCCUUUUGUUCCAAUAAAUUUGCAUGGCUGCUGGCCACGUGAGUGAAAACUCUCAAUAGAAUUAACAACGGAAAACCCCACCCUUUUUGCACGUUUGGGUUCCUGACUUAGGAAAAAAAAAGUAAAAUAAAAUUCCCAAAAUAUAGAAAUCGUGUUCAGUUGGGACUUUGAAAAAAGUUGAAUUAUACCUUCCAGUUUAGACUUCGCGGAAAACUCGAUAAUUCUCUUUUCGGAAAACCUAAUAAAAUUUUUGAAUAGCUAGAUCUGUAAGUUUUAAUUUGAUAUGGGGUUUAGGGUAUCUCGGAUGUAAUCGGGCGGCGCUGCAUUCGUUGGACUGAAGAUACCCCGGUAACCAUUAGUCAGUAGUGAAUCCUGCUGAGGGGCUGAAACUGAACAGGUGUGGAACUGACCGCAACCAAUGCAUAGCGAAGCAAAUUGAUUAAUGGGCAAGAAUUAAAAGACCAUGCACGCGAAGGGAUAGGGGGACAUACAGUUGAAGGUCGCCAUACUAACGGUUGAUUUUUGACUCCGUCGUGUACAUUAAAAACUGAAUUUUCGAAUUCUGCCAGGUGACUUUCAAAGAAAUGCCGCCGUGAAUUUAUAUCUUUCAUAGGGGUUACGUAAAGAUAUGAACUUUACAUGUAACAUUACAGGUAUUUGCCAACUUAUUAGGAGCUUGAAACAGGUUCUAUUGAUAUUGUGAAGCCUUACAAGAAUUGUAUCUACCGCUAAAACAAGGCGUAAAAAUGGCAGGAAAUGUAAACAGUUCCCAGAAAAGCUGCUCUAGGACUAUUUUUCUCAGAGUGUUUUUGAAAUUUUCUUCAAUUGUAGCGGUAAGUUUUGUUUCGUUCCUUGGCGGACACUUACUAAACUCGAUUUAUCCGUCAAACUACAAAGAAAUAGGAACGGAAAUGAAUCCGAUUGAGCAGAGAAGCACGAGCGAUGUAGCUUCGCACAUUAAAACACAACUCUUGAACUCGCUUAGAGCGGAAAAUCUGGAAGAGAAUUUAAGGUAUUUUUCUAAAGAGCCACAUUUGGCCGGCUCGAAACGCAAUAACGACUUGGCGCAGCAUAUUGUCAAGAAAUGGAAGGAGUAUGGAUUCGAUCAAGUUGAGAUGGCAAAGUAUGACGUGUUGAUGACCUCACCACGAAAAGAUAGGAAAAGCAAAGUGGAAAUUUACUGUCAUGGCCAAGUUGUGUUCAGGUCACAAUCACAUGAAAAGAUUUUACGAAAGGAUGAAAAGAAAACUAAAGACUUACCAUUUUUUCUGGGUUUCUCCCCCAGUGGGGUGGUGGAAAGAGACGUUGUGUAUGCCAACUUUGGCACUGUAGAGGAUUUUAGGAAGCUGAAAGCUAUGGGCGUGUCUCUGAAAGAUAAAAUUGUUCUUGUGCGCCAAGGAAGAGUAUUUAGAGGAAACAAGGUCUUCAACGCUGCUUCACACGGGGCCUCUGGGGCCCUUAUCUACACUGACCCUGCACAGUUUGCACCAGAAGGAAACGAAAACACUUUCCCACGAUCUUGGUGGCUUCCAGACUCUGGAAUUCAGCGUGGAUCAUCGAUGGGCGGGACGGGGCCUGGAGACCCACUCACCCCAGGCUUUCCCUCUAGUGAUGGUAUAUAUCGUCAGCCACUCAACGAAAGUGGCCUGCCAACAAUUCCAGCCUUUGAACUGUCGUAUGGAGAUGCGGAAGAGAUACUUCGUCGAAUGAAAGGUCGUAAGGCACCUAAAAGCUGGCAAGGGGGUUUAAGUUUAAAAUAUCGCCUUGGACCAGGAUUUAGAGACGAAAAUCUUUCGUUACGGAUGGAAGUUAACAAUGAUCUGGAAACUAAAACCAUCUACAAUGUCAUUGGUCAAAUCAGAGGCGCCGAGGAACCUGACCGUUAUGUGCUCAUGGGAAAUCAUCGAGAUGCCUGGGUGUUUGGCGCUGCCGAUGCGGUCAGCGGUACGUCGGUGUUAAUGGAAGUGUCACGUGGUCUGGGAGAGUUGCUCAAAACGGGAUGGCGGCCUCGCCGGACCAUAAUGCUGUGCAGCUGGGAUGCAGAGGAAGUGUUUGUUGUUGGGUCAGCGGAGUGGGUUGAGGAAAAUGCUCUGAUUCUUCAGGAUCGUGCUGUUGGUUACCUAAACAUGGACGUGGCAGUUAAUGGCAAUUUCACUCUUAACGUGGACGCAAAUCCUUUACUUCAAGAAGUGGCUGUUUCCUUGACAAAAGAAGUUUGUGAUCCCACAGUUUCACACUCGUGCAAAAGCAUGUACGAAGUGAUGCUGGAGAGAGAUGUCACGAAACAUGUCAACGGCACGCCGGUCACUGAUAAUUUGUCAUUCGGAAGUGACUACGCCCUUUUCUACCAGUUCACUGGAGUUUCGUGUGUUGAUUGGUCUUAUAUCUUUGGAGGAAUGUAUGGAAUACGAAGAUCAUAUCCUGUAUAUCAUUCCAUACACGACACUUAUUAUUGGAUGAAAACUUUCGUUGAUCCUGAAUUUAAAACUCAUCUCGCCGUGGCAAAAUUUGCCGCGAUUUUUCUUCUGAAAUUGUCCGAGUCGGAACUGUUACCUUUCAAUACGACAACCUAUGGGGAACUGUUACGGUCAAAAGCUCACUCUCUAGAAGCGAACGCUCGUCUUAAAUCACACGACAUCAGCACGGUUGCCUUUUCUCGCGCGGUAGAGAAUUUUGCGAGAAUUUCGCGUGAGUUUCAAAGAAACAAGUUUAAAGGGGGACCUCAGAAACUGCGCAUGCUUAACGAUCAAAUGAUGCAACUGGAGAAAGCGUUUAUACAAACGACGGAGAAGAACGAUCAUAAACAGUUACGGCAUGUUAUUUACGGACCUAACCUUUCAAACCUUUACGGCGGUGUUUAUUUCCCUCGGGUACACUACGCACUGAUUAAAGCGGAAAAAACAGGAGACUGGAAACUAGUGGAGAAAGAAAUAUCAUUGUUGACUUAUGCAAUUAAUUCUGCUGCAAACGUUUUGAAACCGAUCUAAAAAUCAUGUCGAGUCUAGAGAUGCUUAAUCCUACUUGAAUUUCCUUUAUUGCCUAAGUUUAUUGUUACAGACAUAAGUUGUCUUUCGAACAGUAUAUGAAGUAAGCAAAUGUUGAAAAAAAUAAUACGGAACAAGAGAAAAUGAGGUCAGAUCAUGGUCUCUUCUACGGAAUUAAAGAACGUGUUGGAAUUU